AGGCAGAAGCCGAGGUAAAUCUGCCGAAGACUGUGGCAGGGAGCAUAGAUCAUCGCAGAGGAGAGUUCAGAGUUCCUUGCCCCAGGAAAGGCAAGCUAGCGUCGCAUAACUCGCUAAUAAUGCCGCCGUGUGUGCACUGAAUGUGUGUUUGUGCGUGUGCAUGUGAGGGAGUGGUAAUUGGAGGCUGGAGAGUGAGGGUCACAGGGCACGAAUGAGGAUGCUGUCAGGUCGAAUUAUCAUGGCUGCAUGAAGACAUAAGAUGUGUCUGCAGGCCAUGAAGAUGGCCGGUCACGGCUACAAUCUUCGAAGUGGUCGCAGAAGGUCUUCGCCACAUCAACAAACAUUCAUCCUUCCCACCAAAGUUAAACCAGUCCCACCUAAGAUCAAUGUUCCACCUCCUGUGGUCCUUGACUAUCAGCAACUAAUUCCUCAUCCUGCCGAUCAAUGCCCAGAAACCAAUCAUAACGACCAUGAACUGCUUCUUCAUCAUAGCAAUCCCGUGUUCCCAUUCUUGAUUGCACUUCUCCUGUAUCAUCGACCCAUUCUGGAUUUAUGGUUUUCAACCCGGAAUUGAUCCCAAUAUCUGGACCCAUUCCGGUCCAAUCCAGAUCUGUUAUGCAGUGGCCGUCCUGAAUGGAUUGGUGACCGCGAGUUACUUCCUCCUGAUUGAAUCCGGUCUCUUGAGUGGAUGAUUGGAGACACCAUUACCAAAAAAGAAAACCAGUGCCAUAACCCGUACUACUUAAAAAACCAGUUCUGUUCGGUUUUAAUAGUUUUAUAUUUUUUACAUCGAUGAUUAAAUGUGUUUUUUUGUGUGGCUUGUA